GUUCCCACUCAUCAUAUAGCCAGCGCCAGCCGUUGGAUCUGUGGGUUCAUCCAUCGCUUUCAGCCAUCGUCGUGAUGAUGUUAUCUUAUCGGUUCGCGUCGGUGUGCGGCGCUCCCUAUCAGGGCGGCCCUCUCUGCUUCACUGUCCCCGACGCAGACAGCCUCCUCUGCCCUGUAGGCAACCGCGUCAACGUGUUUCAGACCUGUCGCUGACGUCGUUGGUAUGGACAGUGCUGCGACGCUCUGAACUCAUUGAGUGUGUUGACAAGAGGUACGAACACACCACAGAGCAGACAAGCUCAUCACGAAACUGCGCAUCCGUGUGCUCUCCGGUGCGUCCUCUCAGCACCCAUGUGAGGCGUUGCUGUUGUGUCCUGUCAGCAAGUGCUGAUCUAGCCCAUCAGGUGGGUGCGGUGCACACACAGGCAGGAUGGCAUCAUAUCAUGCCCUCUCACUUAUCUGGCGGCCGUGUCGUGUGAUGGUUGCUCUUUAUCAGACCACAUGGGCUCCUAUAUCGAGCGCGAGACGACCUCCAAAGGGCUGCCGUGGCCUUCCAUUCUGCCCACAGACGACCUCAUGGGUGUGGAGCUCCUUCACGACGAGGGGGCCAAUGAGAGGGCCAGAAUCAUUGGUUUCAACGACCACAGCUCUGUGCCGGCGAGCGUACGGGACAACCCAAUGUAUCAAGCCGCGGUGGACGUGCCACAACUGAAAACGAUCUGCGUGUCGUUCGGCUAUCCCCGUGAUUACUUCACGCCCCACAUCCUGACCCUCGAUGAUGGUAAAGAGAUCGCCAGUGUGUGGAUGGAAAACCGCCGGACCUAUCGCGUCAGAUUCGGUCAGUGACUGAGCGGUAGCAUUCCUUCGUGAGUUGGGCUUGGAUGUGUCUGUAUGUUUGCUGCGAUGUGUGUGUUUUCAGAGCCCAAGUCGGUCAGCCCACCACAACCACCACCACAGCCCACCACCACAGCCCCCCACCGCCACAGCCCCCACCGCCACAGCCCCACAGCCGCAGCCGCAGGCCUCUGGGCACAAUAGGGGAGUGUGGUGGGGUCGCUUCCGCUGGCCCUUUCCACACAUGCGACAAGAGUCGGAGGAUUAGACGAGCCACUGCUGCCGAGGCGGCCCUAGGUAGCUGGCUUGCGUCGGUGUGGGUAGCCAGCGGGGAGAGGGGCGUUCGCCGCGCCCUGCUCUUUUCAUGCUCCAUAUGCAUGUGACCUUGUAUCAUUUUUGUGAUCGACCGACCACUGGCGGGUAUUUUUUGAUUGCCACGGCAGAUGGCAAGUGAGAACAGUGGGGGGAAGAGAGAGAGAGGGUGGUGCGUACGUGUCGUAAAAGACAGUUUGCCGAUCAAUCAAAUGCGUGAGCGAGCGAGCGAGGCGCCUCGAUCUCUUCUGUCUGUCUGUCUGUCUGUAGCGUCUGUCGUGCCCGUCCAUUCAUGUGUGAGUGUGAGACCUUCAUCAUAGAUUUCAGGCUGGCUGGAUACACAAUCAAUUACUGCUAGCUGUGUGUGAUCACUGGCAGCGUGCGGAGGGCCACGAUGAC